AGUUAUGAGUGUAUAUGUAAUUAGCGUGUAAUUGAACCCUUGUGUAAUUAGAUUAGGAGUUAAGGGUCUCAGUGUAAUUAUUCUCUUAGUCUAGUAUAACUCUAACGUAAUGAGAAAAUAACCCUAGUUUUUGGGUUCCUAAUUAUUCCAUCUCUCGUUUUACAUGGUAUCAGAGCAGUCGAUACUUUAGGCGGUCUAUGACUGAUUUUUCAAUUGGCGCCUCGCAUCUCCAUUGAUCCCUAGCGACCCUCGUCUGUUCUUUAGCGUUGUAUUUGAAGACCCAUUUCCGACAUAUCUCUUUUCCUUCGUCAGUCCAGUCAAUCGAUGUAGGAGACCUUUUUUCUUGAACCUUCUGACCUGUUUCCAGUCUCUGGUAUCACCGAUCAGCACGGCCCGGCACUUGUCCAUACUCGCCGGUCACCGACGACCACCGACGCGUACUUUCUGACCUCCGGCGACCUUGUUUUAGUCACUUUCUGUACUGGGUCAGAUCCGGUGACUUUGUUUCAGUCAUUUUUCUACACUAGGUCAGAUUCUUUCAGGUAUUUUGGCUACUGUUUUGUGUUUUUAGAACGAUUUGGGAUCUGCUCAGGUAGUAUCAAGAAUAGAUUGGAGUUAUUUGAGCUUUUGUUAGGGUUUAUUCCACUUUCUGAUAUUCAACAUCUCGUUAGCCUCUAUUUAGUGCUCAGAUUGACUGUGUUAGGGUGUAUUUGGAGCUUUUGUUCUGCUGUUGAAAUGUCGGAUGAUAAACAAAACGCUUCCGCUCGUACAAAUGAUGAAUUGAGUCAUAUAGGGACUCUAGAUAAUUUUUCUCUGGAUAUUUGCCAUAUUAAGUUGGAUGGUACCAACUAUCUGAUUUGGUCUUGCACUUUUACUUUGGCUAUUGAGGCCAAAGGGAUGUCAGAAUUUAUUGAGGGUUCUGUUACUCCACCUAUUGAGGCUAUUGCACUGAAGAAAUUUAAAUCUCAGAAAUCGUUAGUUAUGACCUGGUUUUUUAAUUCUAUGAGGGCUGAUAUUCGUCAUACUUUUCUGCUUCUUGAUACUCCACAUAAGAUUUGGACUACUGCAGCCCAAACCUAUUCUCAGCAGGGUAAUGAUGCACAGUGUUUUGAGUUGAGGAAGAGGCUUCGUACAUGGGAACAAAAUCAUCGUUUUGUUGCUGUGUAUUUUGCUGACUUGAAUGGAGCGUGGCAGGAAUUUGAUUAUUAUCAAGGAUUUCAGGUUGUUUGUGCUGUUGAUGCUGCUGCUUGGUUAAAGCGGUUGGAGAAGGAACGUGUUUAUGAUUUUUUGGCUGGACUUGAUAUAGAAUAUGAUACGAUUCGAGUGCAGGUGUUGGGUCGUAUUCCGUUUCCGUCGUUGGGAGAGGCCUAUGCUAUUGUUCAGCAGAAGGAGAGUAGGAGGGGUGCUAUGUUGGACACUCCUACUCCUGAGCGUUCUGCCUUGGUUGCCAUUCCUCAGGGUGGGCUUGUUCCACAGAGUGGUAAAUCACAGUCUGGUGCUAGCAGUGGGCCUAUUGAUCGAGAGUCACUCCGGUGUGAUCAUUGUCACAACACCGGUCAUACCAGGGAUUUUUGUUGGAAGCUACAUGGCCGUCCCUCUCGUGGGCGAAGGGGUGGACGCGGUGGUCGAGGUCGUGGUCCUAUGCGUUCUCAGGCCUAGGCCCAUGUUUCGGAGUCUACAUGGGUUGCUCGCUUGCCUGAUUCUGGAUUCAGUACUGGGGUUCAGGCAUCCUCUGAUCAUGUUAGUAGUUUUUCUCUGGGGGAAAUGCAAGCUCUCCGACGCCUAAUGGCUCAGGCUGAUUCUCCAUCUACUAUAGCUCCUACUUCUACAGCAAGUCCCACUUCAUCCUAUUUUGCUCACACAGGAACUGGACACGGGCAAAGUGAUUGGCAGUGGUAAAGUACAGGAUGGCCUCUAUUUUUUGGAGUCUGCACCUCGUUCACCUAUGUCAUGUGGUCUUGCUCUGCAAUCAGAUACAAGUUCAACUCUCUCUAUGUUACAUCAGUGGCACCGUAGAUUGGGUCAUUCCUCUUUUGGAAUUUUAGAGAAACUUUUUCCUACCUUAAUUAAGCAUUGUUCUAGGAGUCAGUUUUUUUGUGAGGCUUGUGAGCUUGGAAAACAUAGACGUUCAUUUUAUGCACCUAUUAAUAAACGGAGUGCCUCUCCUUUUAUGGUU